AUGUCUGAAUCCUUCUAUACCUCAUCAUCAGCUUCCAACCUGCCCAAUGUUACCGCGACCUCUACGCCACCUCCUUCAUCCCCUAUCACAGGCAGCGCACCCCCUCCACCCCCACCGAAACCAGUCUCGCAUCUGAACAGCCAGGCUCAAAGCGCCAAUGUAAGCCGCACUGGUACUCCCACGCUCUCGUCGACACCUACGAAUGCUGUGCCUGGUAUAACGAACUCUCCUCGUCCUCAACCACCUGUUCCAAACGCACAACAGACCUUUGCUCCGGUCCCACCACAACCGCAGCAGCGGUAUGAUCCCAUUCCACCUCCGUCAUUGUCGGACCGCUGGAUUCCGUCACAACUACAAGAUAAGCCGAUCAAUGAACUUCAUACACUCGUCAACAAUGCUUCCUUACUGGCGUCGAUAGCCUCGACGCAUCCUUCCUACACAUCGUCUCUCAAACCUCUCCAGGACGCAAUCCAUGCCAAUCUCCAACUAGUACAGCAAGUGUCUCAGGCCGAGAGUCAACUACGUCAACUCCGAGACGAAACUGGCCAACUGUUGCUCAGUCACGCCUCUUUGCAGACACAAUGGAGGAGAAAGCAGACUGAAAUGGACGAUGCUCUGUCACCGUGGGGUCCACGACAAAUGUACCAAAGACUCGUGUCGAGUAUAGGUGAGCAAGAAGCGUUGCUCAGAGCCACACAGGAAAGUUUCCUCGAAGGCUCGACUAGUGAUGACACGAGCCAUGGCAAGGCCAGUGAGAAGGAGAUUAAUGACUGGGUGCGGAGGAUAAGAGAAGGUGCUACGACACUGGAGAAGAGGAGAGAGAUGAGGGCCAGAUGGGACGAAGGUAGAGUUGGUGGAUGGAGAUGAAGACCGCACCUUGGGAUAUGAUUGAAGAAUCAACGAGGCUAUUGAUACCGGUCAGGAACAUUGGAUUCUAUUUUCCAUGGCCACAAGGGCACCUGAUGUAUGAGACGAAGUCACGGACAGAAGCCCGUUCCUCUACCUUGCAGGGCUGAUACCGAGAAGACAAGUACCUUCCUGAUGAGGUUAUGCAGCGUAACAGUUCAAUUGUCGGAGACGAGACACUGCUAUGAAGCGCCGUGGCCUCAAUUCUCCCCGACGGAGUUCCCGAAUGAGAACGACCAAUAGCUGCAACAUGAAUUACGACUUGACAUCCUUGGGGAAUAUCGGUCGGUUUCGACCACUGUGAGACUCUUGGAGCAGUACACGAAAAUGAUGUCUACACAGAAAUCUUGUCAUGAUCCUCUACCGGGUGACUUCUGGCGGGGUCGGGUCGUCGAAUUUGAGACUGUUCCAGCUCCCGGAUCAUCACAGCAGCGAGUCACCCUCCAAACAGAUAGGAGCUUCCUCUCCCACCAACCUCAACCAUGCAGACAGAGACAGACAUGUUCUUCGCGUCGGUGUCAUUUUGAGACUGGACCACUGGACACGGUUCUAAGAUAUAGCCAGCUCUCGGAGCCCUCAAGGGACCCGUGGAAGAGGUAUAUAGCUACCUAGGUACAAUACCUUAUAUAAUUUCCUACAUUUCCC